UUGCGGGUGAGGCACUGCCAGGCUAUCGGGAACGUAUUCAACGCCCUUCACGGCAACCUUUGCCCAGAGCCUAUCGCGGCUUCUCACGCUCAUACAUCGGACUCAACAUCUGCGACGGGACCCGUAUAUUUUCCGUCACCACGCAACGUUUUGUUGUUGCACGCACGUUGUUGCACGCUUACAUCUCAUCCUAAAUCAAGGCGCGUGCGCCAGUGACCUUUUUCGCGUACGGCGCUACAACUAGAGCACGAUGUCUGGGCAAAUGCUACCAAUCAAGUUUCAGGAGCAUGUUCAGCUCCAAAAUCUUGGCAUCAACGCCGCCAAUAUCGGCUUCAACACGUUGACCAUGGAAUCGGAUAAAUUCAUCUGCGUCAGAGAAAAGGUUGGGGAGCAGAACCAAGUCGUGAUAAUUGACAUGAACGAUCCUACGCAAAUCUUGCGAAGGCCUAUCACUGCCGAUUCCGCCAUAAUGAAUCCUGCUACGAAGAUUAUUGCACUAAAAUCUCAACGGCAGCUCCAAAUUUUCAACCUUGAGUUGAAGGCGAAGGUAAAAGCGCAUACCAUGAAUGAAGAUGUUGUCUUUUGGAAGUGGAUUUCGACAACAACAUUGGGAAUCGUGACGGAAACCACUGUUUUUCAUUGGACGAUGGAGGGUGAUUCUCAGCCUCAGAAGAUGUUUGACCGUAAUACAAAUCUUGCUGGCUCCCAAAUCAUAAACUAUCGAGUUGGCGCGGACGAAAAAUGGCUUUUGUUGAUUGGAAUUUCAGCUCAGCAAGGACGGGUUGUGGGCAACAUGCAACUCUACUCCAAAGAACGCGGUGUCAGUCAACCUCUCGAAGGCCAUGCCGGUGCCUUUGCGGAAUUGAAAUUGGACGUGACACAGCCUGCUGCAAAACUUUUCACAUUUGCAGUCCGAAGCGCAAAUGGCGCUAAGCUACACAUUGUAGAAGUCGACCACAAAGAAGGGACACCUGUCUUCCAAAAGCGAGCAGUGGAUGUUUUCUUUCCGCCAGAUGCUGUCAACGACUUUCCCGUGGCCAUGCAAGUCAGCAAGAAGUACGACAUCAUUUUCCUGGUGACAAAAUAUGGUUUCAUCCACCUAUAUGAUUUGGAAACCGGAACCUGUAUUUUCAUGAAUCGGAUCAGUGGUGAUACUAUUUUUGUGACGGCAGAGUUGGAAGCCACUGGAGGCAUCAUUGGUGUCAACCGGAAGGGCCAGGUGCUUUCUGUCAGUGUGGAUGAGAACAACCUGAUUCCUUACAUUUUGAGCACGUUGAACAACCCCGAGUUGGCAUUGCGAUUGGCGACACGGAACAACCUUCCGGGUGCCGACAACCUGGUGUUGGAGCGUUUUAAUUUCUACAUGCAGAGCGGCAAUUAUGCCGAAGCUACGAAGCUAGCUGCUACAUCGCCCAGGGGUAUGCUGCGGACACCUGCGACAAUCGAACGCUUCAAGCAGGUUCCUGUUGGACAGGGACAAGUCACACCCAUUUUGCAGUACUUUGGCGUGCUUUUGGAGAAGGGUGAAUUGAACAAGUAUGAAUCCAUCGAGUUAGCGCGACCAGUCUUGCAACAGGGUAGAAAGCAGCUGCUAGAGAAAUGGUUGAAAGAGGACAAGCUGGAGUGCAGCGAAGAACUUGGGGACAUUGUCAAACAAUUCGAUCAAACUCUGGCGCUCUCGGUGUACCUACGCGCAAAUGUGCCGAACAAGGUCGUGGCCUGUUUUGCAGAGACCGCUCAGUAUAACAAGAUCAUCCUCUAUGCCAAGAAAGUUGGAUAUCAGCCGGACUAUGCUUAUCUACUACAGUACAUCAUGCGAAUUGAUCCCGAUAAAGGGAGCGAAUUCGCCUCUCUUCUUGUCAACGAUGAGAAUGGUCCUUUGGUGCCUCUAGAAUCGAUUGUCGAUGUCUUCUCAUCGUUGAAUAUGGUCCAACAGGCCACCUCGUUCCUGUUGGAUGCCUUGAAGGAGAACAGACCUGAGCAUGGCCCUCUUCAGACAAAAUUGCUGGAAAUGAAUUUGCUGCAUGCUCCUCAAGUUGCUGAUGCCAUUCUUGGUAAUGAGAUGUUCACACACUACGACCGUGCAUAUAUUGCGUCUCUUUGUGAAAAGGCGGGACUGUUCCAACGGGCGCUCGAGCACUACACCGAUAUUUACGAUAUCAAACGUACGAUUGUGCAUACUCAUCUAUUGAACCCAGAGUGGGUCGUGAACUUCUUCGGUCGUCUCUCAGUGGAACAAUCGAUUGAAUGCCUGAAAGAGAUGUUGUCAAACAACAUCCGUCAAAACCUGCAGAUUGUCGUUCAGAUUGCGACCAAGUAUUCGGAGCAACUUGGACCGAAGAACCUCAUCGAUAUGUUUGAGUCGUACAAGAGCUUCGAAGGACUGUACUACUACUUGGGAUCAGUAGUGAAUUUCAGUCAAGACGGCGAAGUUCACUUCAAGUACAUUCAGGCCGCGUGCCGGACUGGGCAGCUCAAGGAAGUGGAGCGGAUCUGUCGGGAAAGUAACUGCUACGACCCGGAGCGGGUGAAAAACUUCCUAAAGGAAGCCAAAUUGCCUGACCAACUUCCCCUCAUCAUCGUCUGCGAUCGAUUUGGCUACGUGCACGACCUCGUAAUGUUCUUGUACCAAAACAAUCUCUAUAAAUUCAUCGAGAUUUACGUCCAGAAAGUGAACACUACCCGUGCCCCUGAAGUCAUCGGUGCUCUGCUUGAUGUUGACUGCGACGAAAAUAUCAUCAAAAGUUUGCUAAUGUCCAUCCGCGGUGCAAUUCCCAUGGAUCAACUCGUGGACGAAGCUGAGAAGAGGAACAGAUUGAAGCUGUUGCUGCCUUUCUUGGAAAACAGAAUCAGAGAAGGGAACACAGAUGUGCACCUUUACAAUGCCAUUGCCAAGAUUUAUAUUGAUACCAACAACAAUGCGGAGCAUUUCCUAAAGGAGAAUACGCUCUACGAUGCGCGGGUAGUCGGAAGGUACUGCGAGAAGCGGGAUCCUUAUCUCGCCUUUAUCGCCUAUGAGCGAGGACAAUGCGAUCAGGAGCUUAUUCAAAUCACUAAUGAGAACUCGAUGUUCAAACACCAGUCUCGCUAUCUGGUGAAACGUCGAGAUCCCGAGCUCUGGAACUUUGCGUUACAACCAACCAAUGCAUAUCGACGACAGCUUGUUGACCAGGUUGUCGCCACGGCUUUACCUGAGACUCAAGACCCUGAGGAUGUGUCUGUCACCGUCAAAGCCUUCAUGGCAGCGGACUUACCUAAUGAGUUAAUUGAGCUGCUUGAGAAGCUGGUUGUUGAAGGAUCUGCUUUUAGCGACAACCGCAACUUGCAGAACUUGUUGAUUCUUACGGCAAUUAAAGCGGACAAAACUCGCGUGAUGGAGUACAUUACUCGACUAGACAACUAUGAUGCACCUGAUAUUGCGAACAUUGCGGUUGGUGCCGAACUGUAUGAGGAAGCAUUCGCCAUCUACAAGAAAUACGAGCAGCAUGCGAAUGGUAUUGCUGUGCUUUUAGACAACAUCGGCGAUCUUGAUCGCGCAAAUGAGUUUGCCGAAAGGGUGGAUUUGCCGGAGGUGUGGAGCAAGUUGGCUAAGGCUCAGCUCGACCACAUGCGUGUGAAGGAGGCCAUAGAUUCGUACAUCAAGUCUGAAGAUGCCACAAAUUCUGUGGAGGUGAUUCAGAUUGCCAGUCGUGCCAACAAAUUUGAAGAUUUGGUUCGCUAUCUACAAAUGGCGCGUAAAAAGGUUCGCGAGCCCGUGGUAGAAAGUGAGCUUAUUUUCGCAUUUGCAAAAACGGGUCGGCUUGCGGAUCUUGAGGAGUUCAUCGCAAGCCCGAACCUUGCCCAGAUUGCUGUUGUUGGCGAACGUUGUUUUGAGGAGAAGAUGUACGAGGCUGCCAAAAUUCUGUUCAACAAUGUAUCCAAUUGGGCACGAUUGGCUUCUACUUUGGUCUACUUGAAUGAGUAUCAGGCUGCGGUCGACUGCGCCAGAAAGGCCAACUCUACCAAGGUUUGGAAGGAAGUGAAUGCUGCAUGUGUCGAGAACGGGGAGUUCAGAUUAGCGCAGAUCUGUGCUCUGCACUUGAUCGUUCACGCCGAAGAGCUUCAGGAUUUAAUCAACCUGUACGAGCGUCGCGGCAAUUUCGAAGAGCUCAUGCAACUACUCGAAGCUGGACUCGGUCUUGAAAGGGCCCACAUGGGAAUGUUCACGGAGCUGUCCAUUCUUUACUCCAAGUACAAGCCUGACCGCUUGAUGGAGCACUUGAAGCUUUUCUGGCAGCGAAUUAAUAUACCCAAAGUCAUACGAGCAACUGAGACGGCGCACAUGUGGCCAGAAUUGGUGUUCUUAUACACCCAUUACGAUGAAUAUGACAAUGCUGCGUUGACCAUCAUGAGCCACUCAGCGGAUGCUUGGGAACACGCAAGCUUCAAGGAUGUGAUUGUAAAGGUGUCUAAUUUGGAGAUCUACUAUAAGGCUCUCCGCUUUUACUUGGACGAGCAACCACUGCUCCUCAAUGAUUUGCUGACCGUAUUAACCCCACGUAUUGAUCAUACUCGAGUGGUGCAGACAUUCCAAAAAUCGAACAACCUGCCCUUGAUCAAGCCAUACCUUAUCUCUGUGCAACAGGCAAACAAUCAAGCCGUCAACACUGCAUACAAUGAUUUGUUAAUCGAAGAGGAAGAUUACAAAUCACUACGCGACUCCAUUGACAACUUUGACAACUUUGACAACAUCGCUCUCGCGCAACGUUUGGAGAAGCACGAACUCUUGGAGUUCCGUCGUAUUGCGGCACACUUGUACAAGAAAAACAAGCGCUGGAAGCAGUCCAUCACAUUGUCAAAGCAAGAUAAAUUAUAUAAGGACGCCAUGGAGACAGCCGCAAUAUCACGGGAUACAGAGACCGCCGAAGAGCUGCUGCAAUUCUUUAUCGACAACGGGAAGAAGGACUGCUUUGCUGCGUGUCUAUUUACUUGCUACGAUUUGUUGAGGCCGGACGUGAUAAUGGAACUUGCGUGGAGGAACCGAUUGAAUGACUUUGCCAUGCCAUACUUCAUCCAGACUGUACGCGAGUACAUGGGAAAAGUAGACAAGUUGGAGAAGGCCAAUACUGAAAGGACAGCCAAGGAAGAAGAAAAGGAGAAACAAGAAACGACCAUUAUGCCAGCCCUUGGAAAUCCAUUGAUGAUCACAUAUGGCGGAGCCCCAGUCGGAGCCGGUUAUGGUGGAGCACCUGGCUACGGUGGUGCACCAGGCGGACCUAUUGUACCGCCAGGAGCCUACAGCGGGGUAAAUGGCUUUAAUGGUUUUUAAAGCUCGGAUUUGGUAGUUGGUAAUGGAAUAUAUACAGAUCAUGUGAUUUGUGACAAGCCUCAAUGACCGCUUGCCUUACGUAAUAAACGCCCCUCGACCCACA